CCCGAAGCUAAUCCUGAUAUUGGAGACAUGAACGGGGCUUUGAUGGAUUUUGAUGGUCUGGGUCCUCUUCAUGCUGAAGACGAUGUCAACCAAAAUCACGCCGUCGCUUUCAAUCACAUGCAAGCUGGCAUAGGCGACGACGAUCCUUUUGUGGGGGACGCGUUCGAUGAUUUUGAUAGACUGGAAACCGAGUCUGGACCAGCAGUCUUGAUUGUUCCUUCAGCACGCGACGAGGACUUUGAGGAAGACGUGCUCAUGAGCAGCUUUGGACGC